CAUCUCAGCAGACCGUGAGUGGCUUACCGAUAAACGUGACCGAGACGACAGGUGUCAAAAGUGUGAAAAUAAAAGAGACAGAUUCAUAUGGAAACACUCGGCGAAAUCGUUAUUGCCCUGAACAUUUCCAAUUUCAUAUUUCUCUCACUGACGGCAAUUUAAUUCUGUUUGGUUCGCCGAUGGAGUGACCGCUUCCCCUGUUUUUAUUCGGUUGAACAAAUUCCCGGAAAAUGGCCCCAUCUAACCGACGAAAAGAUCAAAAACUCCCUGGAUGCCAACAGUACGUCCAUCGCGAUUCGCAUCUGCCUGGAGUUGUUUUGGAUUCAAGUGCUGGACAAUGGCGACGGCAUCAGUCCGGAUGAGUUGCAAAGUCUCGGUGAUUGCUGUCUGCUGAAUAUCGAUUUCGAGCGUAAGCAAAAAUCAAAACAGUAUGCCCGGCUAACCGGCACGUCUCUGGCGGAAAUCCGGGCCAAAUGUGAGGAAAUGCAGAUCGAAUCGAUGCAGGAAAGAAGCAAAUGUCACUCGAGAGUAUUCAACAAUCAGUUGCCAUUACCGACAGCAAAUAAAGCUCCGGAAAGCUGCAGCCCAACUGUCGGCGAUUAUCGGCAAUCGCAGAUGCGAAUCCAAUUUGAAACCACGCUUUCCGGCUAUCACAACCUGAGGCAGUCUCGAGGCACGACCGUUACCUUGAAGAACAUCUUCUACGCCCACCCGAUUCGGCAGCGGGAAACUCUUCAGGCACAGGAAGAUUAUCGGAAAUUACUUGAUGACGUUCGCAAGCUCGCCUUGAUCAACUUCAACCGGUCGUUCAGCGUCCAGGAAGUGAGCAAUUCGGAAAUCGUGUUCCGCAGCAAACGAUGUGAAUCUAUCCUGGAAAAAUAUUGCGAACUGUACAGAUUGACCGGAACCGACGUCGAAGUAACGACGACCACCAAAAGCGGCGUCCUGGCCGAGUGCUAUUUUAGUGAGCGAGCCGUGAGACAAACGCUGCCCCCGGUUCAGUUGACGUUCAUCAAUGGGCUGCCGAGUAAUGAACUUUUGCCGACCGUCAACGGAAUCUUGACGCAACAAAAGCACACCAUCGAUUUCCUGAUUGUGGUCAGCUUCGCCGGAAACGAUGUCCUCCUUACCCAGGAGAACGAAAAGAUUGCCGGUAAUUGUUUGCAACGGUGCCUUAAUCAAUACAAGGACUGCUUGAAGCGUCGUAGGCGUGAAAAAAUCAACUCCCUUGCCCACCACGACGCACAGGAUAUGAAUGGCACAAAUUCUCCUCUCAAAGACCAGCACAAGGCAAUAGGUUCCGGUGGCUCCAGAGCUUUGAAGGCGGCCAUCGGGGGAAGUCACGAUGGCAGAAAGAUGAACGCAAAUGAAGAGGAAGAUAUGCUGUACAGACUAAGCCAACCUCCUGAGGAUAGAGAAACGACGUUCAACAAGUGCGCCAAAUGGCUCCAGACUAAUGACUUUAGAGCCGCAAAGAAUAUUGAGCUGGAAAAAUGUAAAAUCACCGGAAACCACCCUCCUCCAGUCACCGAAGGCAAAUACAAAUUGGAAAGCAAAGCUCAAGACAAAUUAAACUUUUUUGACUGUUCCCCUCCGGCAAUUGGGAAAUAUUCCGGCCCCAGAAAGCCCGAAAAUCAGCAAGCGGCAAGACCCUCGAAAGUAAUUAAUUUACCGAAACCAAAGUUUUAUCCGCAGCCACCAACGAAAUUUAAAACACUCAAACGGCAAGAUAAACAACAAGUAGUUGAAGCAUACCCAAAUCUUUUCGACUCAAGUCUAUUUCAACCAUCGCCGGUGCGUAAAUCUUUCCCGGCCAUUAAUCCCGCUCCAAACGAUGCCACUUUCUCAUUUCCGGAAAUUGAUGACUCUAUCAAACGAUCGGCAUUCCGCUGGGAAAAAUUCAAAAGAACGGAGCCCACAAAGCUGACACACCACCAACGACGUCAAUCCCCCAUUCAAAUAAAGCAGCCCAUAGAAUGUGAUCUAAAUCCACCCAAUCGUUUGCAGAGAAGCAGCCCACUUGAACGGAAUGAAUCACCACUUUUGGGAACUAACACUAUCCCCGAUGGUGGUGACAAUGAUGCGACAAAGCUCCAUUUCUGCCACCCACACUUUACACCCAAACCCGAUUCAGAUUCCUGUUCCGAAGAAGCUUUCCCAGCGCCCCCUUCACCAGACAACAUUCAUUCAACUACAUUUGCCAAACUUCCAAAUGCAUUCGCCAAACCGCUCUUUCUGGAUGGGAAAAUGAUUGUCGACGGCAGCAGCAGCAAUUCCUGUUUCCCGAAAUGCGAUUCUCCGGAGCCACAGUUCCGGGAGAGCGUCGAUUUAGUUGACAACUUGGAGGAUUUCCGCGAGAUAUGUCAGGAAACUACUGGCAACUACAAGCUGGCAAUCGAAUCGCCCGGGAGCUGGCGAUCGAGCAAUGGAGAAUGUGACUGCGAUGGGUGUGAACUUCAUCAGAAUUACAAUCGUUCCGUGGAGAAUCUGUUUCAGCCGUACAACAAUCCCCGGAACAUUCGGGCCGGAAUCGGACGCGGGAGAUAUUUUGAAGGCUGCUGAUGCCAGCCCAAACUUUUUACGGUAUCAAAAGUUUCAAAUGAAUGAAUUGUGAAAUAUUACUUCUCGAAAACAGAAUCAAUUUACAAGAGAUUUCCAAGAGGGACGGUUCAAUAAAUGUUGUUAUUUGCAACAUAGU